AUGGGUAACCUUCCUCGGGACCGAGUAACGCCAACUCGACCGUUCCUCAGCACCGGUUUGGACUACGCGGGACCAAUCCUCCUCCGGACCAGCAAGGGGCGUGGACACCGUGCGCACAAGGGAUACAUCGCCGUCUUCGUCUGCUUCUGGUCGAAGGCCAUUCACUUAGAAGUUGUCUCGGACUACACCUCGGAGGCCUUCAUCGCCGCGCUGCGCCGCUUCAUCUCCCGCCGGGGUUUGUGCGCUGAGAUUUACAGCGACUGCGGCACGACUUUCAUCGGGGCAGAUCGGACGCUGCGAGGUCUUUUAACGCAGCGACAGCCGAAGGCACUCUCAGAUGAUCCAGAGGACGUCUCGGCGCUGACCCCCGGUCACUUCCUCGUUGGGGCACCGCUCCUCGCCUUGCCGGAACCGUCAUUGACAGAGCAGACGGUGUCCACCUUGUCACGUUGGCGUCAUCUGCAGCGGAUGAGGGAUCACUUCUGGCAGCGAUGGUCAUCCGAAUACGUGCACGGACUCGCCCCGCACCAAGUGCUCAAGGAUGCACCUGCACCCCACGUCGGCGAUCUCUGUCUCGUGCGCUCCGAGAUCACCCCUCCGAGCCGAUGGCCUCUCGCUCGCAUAUUGCGUUUGCACCCCGGAGACGACGGAAUUACACGCGUCGUGACCAUCCGAACGGCCACGUCCGAGCUCGUGCGCCCACUCGUCAAGCUCGUGUUUCUUCCGGGCGUGAACGACGCGCCUACACCGCACAUUGACACAUAG